UGAAUCGUCUGUAUCUGUAUGCAAAACAGUACAAAAUAUUAUGUAAAGUGAUUAUUAGACUAUUCAGGAAACAAUCUAAACUCCUAAUCAGUACUAAGAAAUGGCGUCUCGCUUCAGCGGUGCCCUCCAGCUCACCGAUCUCGACGAUUUCAUUACUCCGUCGCAGGAAUGCAUAAAACCAGUAAAGAUUGAGAAACCAAAAACCAAAACUGGUGCCAAAAUCAAGAUAGGUGCCGAUGGAUACUUUGAUAUCAGUGAAGGGAGGGAGCAGAAGCUUCAAAAGGUGGAGAUCACGUUGGCUGACUGCCUCGCCUGCAGCGGGUGCAUCACUUCUGCAGAGAGUGUAUUAGUCACGCGGCAAAGUCAGGAGGAGUUGCUAAAGGUGUUCUCCGAGCGCAAACACACAGACAGCAAAGGCGUGACCCAAGACGUGAGCGUGAUCGUGAUCUCCCUGUCGCCGCAGCCCGUGCUGUCGCUCGCAGCGCGAUACAAAUUGGAGCCCGAGGAGGCGGCUGGCAGAUUAGCAGGUUACUUCAAGAAGCUAGGCGCAGACCUAGUCUUAGACAUGACGGUGGCCGAGGACCUGGUGCUGCUGGAAGCGCAGCAGGAGUUCCUCCAGCGGUACCAGAACCAGCAGCACGAGCCCACGGCGCGCCAUCUACCCAUGCUGGCCAGCUCUUGUCCAGGCUGGGUAUGCUACGCCGAAAAGACCCACGGCACCUUCAUCCUCCCCCACAUCUCGACCACCAAGUCCCCUCAGCAGACCAUGGGCUCGCUCGUGAAGCGACUCCUCGCCUCUCGCCGCGAGGUGAGCCCCGGCGAGGUGUACCACGUCACGGUGAUGCCGUGCUACGACAAGAAGCUGGAGGCUUCCAGGGAGGACUUCUACAGCGACCUCACCAACUGCCAUGACGUCGACUGUGUCAUUACAGCUAUCGAGUUGGAACAGAUGUUGGGUCUGACCGAGCUGUGCGCCGCGCCGCUGUCGGGCCUGGACUGGCCGUGGGGGGAGCCGCCCGGCGCGGGGCUCCGCGCACACGCCGGCUCCGGCUCGGGCGGCUACGCGGACCACAUCUUCCUCUACGCUGCUGAACACCUGUUCGGGGACACUAAGGCGGACCUGGUUUAUAAGAAUUUGAGAAACCCAGAUUUUCGAGAAGUGACACUAGAAAAGGACGGCGUGGAGGUUCUUCGGUUCGCGAUCGCCAACGGGUUCCGCAACAUACAGAACCUGGUGCAGAAGAUGAAGCGAGGAAAAUCACAGUACCACUACGUAGAGGUCAUGGCGUGUCCUUCAGGUUGCCUGAACGGCGGUGCGCAGGUGCGGCCCGCGGCCGGCGAGAGCGGGCGCGAGUUGGUGGCCAACCUCGAGAGGCUGUACCGGGGCCUGCCCGUCUCCGUGCCCGCUGAUAACAAACUGGUUCGGAGGUUAUACACUGAAUGGCUAGACGGGCGAGACUCGGACAAGGCGCGCGCGAUGUUGCACACCUCCUAUCACGCCGUUGAAAAAUCCGACGUCGCGCUCAACAUCAAGUGGUGAAUCGAACCUUAUGGGUAACCGCUAAAGUCG